AUGAAAUAAUUAGAUCAAAGAAUCACAGCUUUAGAAUAAUUAAUUGGAGAUGGGGAUCUUGUAAUCACAGAAACAAUUUAUAAUUAAAUCUAAUAAAUGAGAGAGAUUUGUCGUCAAUAAAAUAUUAGUUCUAAACGUAUUAUUAUUAUCCAUCAUCUAUAGUUUAUAAAAUGGCAUAAUUAAUUUAUAAUUAUGAUCUAAAUUAUUGCUAUUCAGCUUUGCCAUCCCAAAGUAAAAUACAAUUAAUAAUGCAAUCUGAAAAAUAAUUGUAGGAAGCUUCAUCAAAUAUAAUUAAAAUCAUUAAAUAUAGAAAAUUUGUUGACUUUGAGCCAAUUAUUGGGUUAUAAGAGAAAAUCAAUCAAAUAUUAUUACUUUAGACAGCAUCUAAAUUGGCAUUUAAAGAUGAUUAGAUUGUUGUUAACCAAAAUAAUACUAUGAUGUUAAUAGAUGAUUUUAAUAGAUAUCAAUAAUAAUUAGAAGCUUUGGUCUUAAUUAAUUAUGAAUUGAGAUAAUAAGUUGAAUGAA